AUGAAGUUCGAUAUCAUCGCAUCAUCACUAGCCCUGGCGCCUCUGGUCGCCGCCCAUGGCGCCGUCACCAGCUACCAGAUCGGCGGCAAGACAUACCCAGGCUACGACGGCUUCGCGCCGGCCAACUCGCCCUCCACCAUCCAGUUCCCCUGGCCCAACUACGACCCCACCAUGACGCCCACCGAUCCCAAGAUGCGCUGCAACGGCGGCAGCUCGGCCAAGCUGUCGGCGCCCGUACAGUCCGGCCAGAACGUCACGGCCAUCUGGAAGCAGUGGACGCACGCCCAGGGCCCCGUCAUGGUCUGGAUGUUCAAGUGCCCCGGCGAGUUCGGGUCCAGCUGCACCGGCGCCGGCAAGGGCUGGUUCAAGAUUGACCAGCUCGGGCUCAUCGGGGCCGGCCCGCUCAACUCGAACAACUGGGGCACCGCCCUCGUGAUGAAGAACCUGAAGUGGAGCAGCAGGAUCCCGGCCAACCUGGCGCCCGGCAACUACCUCAUCCGCCACGAGCUGCUGGCGCUGCACCAGGCCAACACGCCGCAGUUCUACGCCGAGUGUGCGCAGAUCGUCGUGUCCGGGUCGGGUUCGUAUGUCCCGUCGGGGAACUACCUGUACAGCAUUCCUACUUAUGCUCCCAUGAGCGACCCUGGCAUUAUGGUUGACAUCUACACCAAUGGAGCGUCGACUUCCUACACGCCUCCUGGCGGCCCUGUCGAUUCUGGUCUUCAGUGA